AUGGAACUUGAUACCCUUCAAGCCAAACUGGGCGACAUCAUUGAGCAAGCCUCAGUGUACUUUCAUAAAGUGCCUGGCUCCGCUGUGUUCCUUCGCUAUAUCAAGUCGAGUUAUCAGAAUGACCCCGUGCGAUCCGCUAUCGAGGCCGUGUUGCUACUCUUCUUCGUCCGCUACCUCCUGUCACCGUCUUACUCGACGCAUAAGCAGAACUUUGUCAAGCUGAGGGAGGAUGAAAUUGAAGAACUCAUCGACGACUGGCAGCCCGAGCCUCUUGUCGAGGAGCAGACCGCUUUCGAAGCCAGUGAAACCGAACGCCUUCCCGUCCUCGUUGGUCCAACUGGGCCCAAAUCAAAGCUCGCUAACGGCCGAACUGUGACCAACCUCGCAUCGUACAACUUCUACAACUUCAAUGGGAAUGACCAAAUCAAGGAAAAAGCAAUUCAGGUCUUACGCACCUAUGGUGUUGGCCCUUGCGGCCCUCCCCAGUUCUACGGCACUCAGGACGUUCAUAUGAAGACCGAAUCUGAUAUCGCCGCGUAUCUGGGUACUGAGGGCUGUAUCGUCUACGCUCAGGCUUUUAGCACCAUCUCCAGUGUCAUUCCCUCAUUUUGCAAGCGUGGCGAUGUCAUUAUCGCUGAUCGAAACGUCAACUUCUCUAUUCGUAAAGGUCUUGAGCAAUCACGAAGCACUAUCCGCUGGUUUGAACACAAUGAUAUGGACGACUUGCAAGACGUUAUGAAAGCUGUUGCCAAGGAGCAGGCCAACGCCAAAAAGCUUACUCGCCGUUUCGUCGUGACUGAGGGUCUGUUUGAGCUCUCGGGAGAUUCUAUCGAUCUACCCCGCCUGGUUGAGCUCAAGGAGAAGUACAAGUUCCGUGUUAUUCUGGAUGAGACUUGGUCUUUCGGUGUUCUCGGUCGCACUGGCCGUGGUAUUACUGAGGCGCAAAACGUGGAUCCUCAGCAGGUUGACAUGAUCAUUGGCUCUCUUGCUGGACCUCUCUGUGCUGGUGGUGGUUUCUGCGCUGGUCCCAAAGACGUCGUUGAGCACCAGCGUAUCACCUCUUCCGCCUACACCUUCUCCGCCGCCCUCCCCGCUAUGUUGGCCGUCACUGCCAGUGAGACGCUCAACUUGCUUCAGUCCAACCCUGACAUCCUGUCCCAGUCGCGCGAGAAUAUCAAAGCUAUGAAGGCGCAGCUGGAUCCCCGUAGCGACUGGGUCUACUGCCCUAGCGACCCCGAGAACCCUAUUAUGCUUCUUGUGCUCAAGCCUGAAGUUGUCGCUGCACGCAAGCUGGGAUUGGAAGACCAGGAGCGAAUUUUGUGUGACUGUGUUGAAGAGACACUUGCCAAUGGCGUUUUGAUCACGAGGACCAAGACCAGGCCGUAUUCACACGCUGUCAAGCCCAAGGAUGGUGCCUGGUUCGCUCAACCUGCUCUGCGAAUUUGCGUUACGUCAGCGCUGUCGAAGAAGGAUAUUGAGAAGGCCGGUGUUACCAUUCGACAUGCCAUCACCAAGGUCAUGACCCGCAAAACGAGUAAUAAGACGGUUUAA